AUGUACAGCUUCAUGGGGGGUGGUUUAUUCUGCGCCGGAGUCGGGAACAUACUCCUCAUUGUCUCCACGGCAACUGACUACUGGAUGCAGUACCGUCACUCCAGCAAUUACAUGCACCAGGGCCUGUGGCGCUACUGUGUGCCCGGGAAAUGCAUGACUCACACAGACAACAUCGCGUACUGGGAUGCCACCCGGGCCUUCAUGAUUCUCUCUCUGCUGGCUUGUUUCAUCGGCAUUGUGAUUGGCAUCAUGGCCUUUAUCCACUAUUCCUCUGAGGGGUUCGACAAGACCUUUGCAGCCGGCAUCCUCUUCUUCAUCUCCUGCUUCUUUGUGUUGCUGGCCAUGGCCGUGUACACAGGGGUGACUGUGAACUACUACGGUAAACGCUAUGGCAGCUGGCGCUUCUCCUGGUCCUAUAUAAUGGGAUGGGUGUCAGUGGUGCUCACAUUCUUCUCAGGUAUCUUCUACAUGUGCGCCUACCGGAUGCACGAAUGCCCAAGAAACUAA